AUGAGCGGCGCGGAGCAGCAGCAGCAGGGGGAGAUCGCCGUCGUCGUCGCCAAGAGGCGGAGGGACGGCAAGGAGGCUGCUGCGGCGGCGGAGGAGGUGGAGCCGCUGUCGGCGCUGGCGGACGACGUGCUGCUGCAGAUCCUCGGACGCCUCGAGGGGGACCCGCGCGACUGGGCGCGCGCGUCCUGCGCGUCCCCGCGCCUCGCCGCGCUCCUCCGGGCCGCCUGCUUCCCGCCGCGCCUCUCCCGGGCGCUCCCCGCCGAGCUGCUCCCCGCGGACGGGGCGCCCGCCGCGUGGGCCGCGCUCCACAAGAUGUCCGUCUGCUGCCCCGGCCUCCUCCGCGCCGGGAUCCUCCUCGAGCCCUCCGACGACUUCGGCCUCGAGCUCGACAUCGGCCCCGACCUCACCGUCCCGGCCUCCUCGUCAUCCUCCUCCUCAUCCCUCGAGCCCACGGCCACCUCCUCGCUCCAGCCGCCCAAGGCCGCCGCGCAGGCCGAGCCGAGACCCAGCGACGGCACGCUGGCCGCCACGGACGCCGCCGCGUGGUCCCUCUACGAUGACCUGUACCUGGACGCGGCCUACGACUGCUCCGAGACGCAGAUCGCCGCCGCGCCCGCGCCGGCCGCAACGGCAGAGGAGGAGGAGGCGCCGCCGGCAGCCAAUGCCGUCCGGCGCGGCGUGGUGUCGGGUACCCGUCGGCGGGCGCGGCGGUGGCUGGGGCCCGUGGGCUCGCACCUGGCGUCGGGGUCCUGGACGCUGAGCCGCGAGCAGGGCAACAAGCUGCUGGCCAGCCGGUUCCGCGGCGACCGGCUGUACAUCUGCGAGUGGCCCGGGUGCGUGCACGCGGAGGAGCGGCGCAAAUACAUGGUGUUCCGCGGCGUGUUCCAGGACUUCGCGCGCUCCCAGGUGCGGCGCGCGCUCCGGGACACGCGGCGCCCCACCGUGGCCGUGGACUGCGCCUUCUGCGGAUGCACGGAGGCGUGGGACCUCUACUCCGCCUUCUGCCUCCGCAGCUUCUACGGGUACCACGACGACGGCGAGCCCGUGGUGCGCGCCUACGUCUGCGAGAACGGCCACGUCGCCGGCGCCUGGACCGAGCGCCCGCUCUACGCCUGA